CCACCAUUUUGAAUUACAAUCUCUGCUGAAGGAAGAGUGAGAAUUUCCUGUUAGAGGUUCGACAGCCAUGGCUUCAUCUUCCUCCACCACUCUGUCCAUCUCUUCCUCGUCCACCCUUGUCGACGUCAAGGCUCGUCGACGGCCGACUGCCACCUCGCCACAAUGUGUUACCAUCCCCACCCUCCCUCCGCCUCCCACUCCGUCUCAAACCCGCCCCUGGAAGACCACUGCUUGCUGUCGCAAGAUUGCUCGGAAUGUAAUGGCUAUGGCAACAGGAGAGGCUUCAGCGGAAGUUGCAGCGACUGAGCUUCCGGAGAUUGUUAAAACCGUUCAAGAAACUUGGGAUAAAGUUGAGGACAAGUAUGCAGUGAGUUCACUUGCUGUGGCCGGCGUUGUUGCCCUCUGGGGCUCUAUUGGAUUGAUCUUGGCAAUUGAUAGGCUUCCUUUGAUUCCUGGCGUUCUGGAGGUGGUUGGCAUUGGUUAUACAGGGUGGUUUGCGUACAAGAACCUUGUUUUCAAACCAGACAGGGAGGUUUUGAUACAGAAAAUAAAGGACACAUACAAAGAAAUUAUCGGAACCAGCUAGGUUCUAGCCGAGAUGAGAGUGAACUUCGGUUCAUGAAGCAGAAUUGUGCAUGAAGAUGUAAAUGUUAGCAUAAGUUCUAACCAGUACAAUGUGCUAUUAUUGCCUUUGCAAUUAAGUAUAUACUUGUAUAUUGUUAUUUACUUAUUCUCGUCUACUGUAACCAUCACCUAUUCUUGAAUGCUAAUAAUAAUCCUCUUUCUUUUGUCUCUGGAAAUGAAUCCUCCGUUUUUCA